CUCCUUCCAAAAAGUUAAUAAAGAAAAAAAUAUUAUAAGUGGUGCAUUUUCAAACAUGUUUCAUUCGGACAACAACAACAACAUCGAUAACCCUAUCGAUCCCUCCUCGUUCGAAACCCCGUCUUCUUUUCGUCAAAUUCAAAACCCUAUCUCCAAACAAGAGGCCGAUAAGUACUACUCGUUCGAUCUCUCCCAUUUUCCGUUGCCGCUUUUCGACCACCACCACGAAUUACUAUUGCCCUCGAACCCGUAUAACAAUCUCAUGUCUGAUCAGAAUAUUCAUCACUUUGUAGCAGCAGAUCGGAAUGUAAAAGAUUCCGACAAUUGUUAUGCCAGAAAGGAAACCACAGCAAAAUGCAGUAGUAGUGUGAAGAAUGGGGUUACGAAGUCGAAAGGAAAAGCAUCGUGCGAUCAGAGAGUAGUACUGAGGCGGAUUAAUCACGGCGGAGUUGGGCCGAAGAAGAGGACCGGUAAGAAAGAUCGGCACAGCAAGAUUCGCACCGCGCAGGGUAUUCGAGACAGGAGGAUGAGGUUGUCUUUACAAGCUGCUCGUAAAUUCUUCGAUCUUCAAGAUUUGUUGGGCUACGAUAAAGCGAGCAAGACCAUCGAGUGGCUCUUUAGUAAAUCCAAGAAAGCCAUUAAGGAGCUCAUGGUCAACAAAGACACUAAUAAUAAUAAUAAUAAUAAUAAUAAUCAUAGCUUAUCCAUCACUGAACAAGUGGGAUUACCUCGAAUAAUCGAGGAGAAUUUCGAGCCCAAGAAAUUAGGGUUUGUGCCGAAUAUCGAGAAAAAAUCGGAAAAAAAUGCGAGUAGACCUAACACGAAGGAGUCGAGGGAGAAGGCGAGGGCAAGGGCGAGGUGCAGAACAAGAGAGAAAAUGAUGGUCAAAUUAGGGCUUGAUCAAGAUCUUAGCCAGUAUAAUUAUUGGUGUAAAUAUUCAAGCCCUAAUUAUUACGAUGUUCUUGAGAAAUUAGGGUCUUGUUCGAACAGCCCGUUCGAUCAAGAAUCGGUCUGCUAUAACAGCCAAUUGGCCGAAAGGGUUAGUUCCGGAUACGGGAGUGAUGAAUAUUACCCCUCUAAUUUACUUGCAAGCCAACAGCAACUACUGGCGGACGACGUCGGCACGAUCGAGAAGAUGCUGGAAAAUUCGAACUCUUCGACGACACUAUCUUGCGCCCCUGUCGUCUCCGAUGCCGUUUCUUGUUUCGUGGAUUCCGACAGCGGUUUCAUGGGGUUUUUCGGAAGUUGGGAUCUUUUGAUGAACAGUGACAUCAUGAGAUUAAAUUUCAAUAAUCAAUUAGAUGCAGUCACAAACGAGGUUCAUCGAUUGGGAGAUAACCCUAACUCGGUUGAUGACUCGGCUGCAACCCUGGACUUUCCAUUGUUUCAUCAAGAAAAACAGAACCCUAACUCAGUUGAUGACUCAGCUGCAACCACCCUGGAUUUUCCAUUGUUUCAUCAAGAGAAGCAUUCAUGAUUAGAGGGGUGUAGCUCAUCAGGUAUGUAUUAUUAUAUAUAUAAAUUAAACUACUACUUAAUUAUUAUGUGUUUGAAGUUUAUUACAACUUUUGAAUUAAUCCCUAGCUUUUUGUGUAUUUCUGUAUUGAUAAUUAGGGUAAAUAAAUGUGAUUCUAUUGUAUGUAUGCUGGUGUUGAAUCAAGACUCA